GACGAGGAAGAAGCAGCAGUGACAUUUCUUCGUAAGUGUAAGCGAGACUCAAGCCUGUAGCGCAUCAUGGACGGUGACGAUUUCGAAGGCGGGAGCUCUGGGGCCUCUGCAACAUAUCCUAUGCAGUGCUCUGCAUUAAGGAAGAAUGGCCAUGCCAUGCUGAAAGGAUUCCCCUGUAAGAUCGUUGACAUGUCUGUUUCUAAGACAGGCAAGCAUGGACAUGCCAAGGUUCACCUUACUGGCAUUGACAUCUUUACUCAGAAGAAGUAUGAGGAUGUUUGCCCAUCUACCCACAACAUCGAUGUCCCAAAUGUAUCAAGGAAAGAUUACCAGCUGUGUAACAUCUCAGAUGGUUACUUGUCCCUGAUGUUGGAUGAUGGUGAAAUCAGAGAGGACCUUAAACUGCCAGAGGGUGAGCUUGGCAAAGACAUCGCAAAGAGGUUCGAUGACGGAGAAAGUUUAAUGGUGACUGUGUUGAAAGCAUUGUCGGAAGAGCAAGCAAUUGCUCAUAAGCCUGUAAGUAAGUGAAUAAGUCCAGGAUAACGCUGGAGACCUCUCACUCCUAUUCUCCAUCAUGGCUUUGAAGCCUCACCAAAGCUGCUGUCCUUCACCCCACAUCUCCACCAAUUUCCCCGCUGGUUGACUGAAAUCCAGAAGCUGGUCUGGGUCAACUUCUUUAACUGGACCUUUGGCUCAGGACUGACUGGCAUUCUCCUUAAUCAAUGAAGUUACCCACCCUUAGACAUCACAGCUAAACUUUGCAGUGGGUACAACACUGCAAUAACAUUCCAGCAAGUCAUGACAUUUUUUUUUGUCUUGGUUAUGUUCUCUUUUUUUCCCCUCUGCAUUUUUUUUUUUAUCAUUCCUCUUGUUCUUUUCAACAUGCUGCACCUUGCUUUCAACUUAAAUUGUCCCCUAAAUGUUUUUAUCUUUUUAAAUUUGAUCUCCACUGGCUGACUGAACACCUCAGUUCGAUUCCAGCUCUACUUUUUACGCAGUUCAGAGAACAUAAAAACGCACAGCUUCAUUGAUGGCCAGAAAAUGCCUUUCUGCCUCUGACAGUUAAAACACAUUCCUUCACAUGCACACUUUAUUUACAGUUGACUUGUUUACACAUGCCUCAGCAGUAAUGAGUUCAUGUAAUCGCAAUAUUUUAUUUACUCUGCAUUUAAAGUACAUGGUGGUCAGAUUUCUCGUGCAUCAAGCCGGCUUUCAGUGGGACUGGCCUUUUCUUGCAGGGAACUCCGCUGCCUCAGCUGUUCUGACGCCGAACAGGCCUGGCCGGGGCCAUUUUCUCUUCUAUGCUAUAAAACCCUUUCCUUUCACUUGGGGCCUUUUUAUGAGCUGACAAACGUAUAGAGCGACUUUGAAAGAACAAAACACUACAAACCUGUACCACUACAGUCUUAAAACAAUUUAAGUUUGAAGCUUAAUUCAGCAAUUACGCUUUGCUCGAAAACAAAUCGCAUCUUUGCAAAGCUGCAGAUAAUGAUGACUUCUUGGCACUUAUUAGUGGAAACAAGAAACCGUUUUAAGUCUUAUAAGACCUAGCCAACUUAGGUGGGUUAUCCAAGUCUUGUUGUGAUGGGAGACGCUGGUGCCCAAGAACAUUUGGGUUGCGGGUUGCGGGUGGGGGAAGGUAGCUGUAGAAAGAAUUUAGCGUUGGUAGAUUUAUUUCUUUUUGCAGUGGGAUUUUAAGGGUUUUGUGCAGAGUUUGCACCCAGAAAAUGGAUUGUGGCUCAUAUGGCUUUAUGAAAUUAUGGUGGCUGGUUAUUAUUCUCCGUUUACAUCCACACAGAAUCGCAGGAAAUCAGAGCGCGUUUCCAUGCGCUGCAUUAACGUAGUUGUGGUAGAGUCUGCAUGUACAUGCAGGUAGUCAGUUUCCUCCCCUACCUCCUAUCAUAAAACUUAAACUGUAACACUAUUUCAAGUGUAUUUGCAAUGUAUUUGAAACUCUGCAAUCUUGAGGUUUUUUUCCUUGUUUUUCCUGAUCUGAGCAUUUGGGUUGCCGGUGCAGCGACUCUUGUGAAGAAGCCUUUUUUUUUUUUUUUUUUUUCCUCACAAGAGCACCUGUGUGCAAAUAACCUGCCGUUAUGACCUCUUUAGUCUUGUUUUAGGGCGCACCACUGUGAGCGCUGCGAUCUUUCCACCUUCUGCACUGUCGUCACAGCAAUACUUUUCUAAUUUCAGGUUUCGGUCGUGAACCUGUGCUCUUGUAAAGACACUCUUAGAAACUCUGUGAAGCGUGUGCACGGUCAAGAAAUGUGGUUUCUCUAGCAGAAAUCCCUCAAUCCCUUACAGGAGGUAAGGAGAGUGUUCACAUGACGUUUGUGGCGUUAGAUUACUGCCAAACGUUGACAAUAAUCCGAUUACUUAAAUGCGUCUAAACACAGUGAUUGUAAAACUGACAUCGUAAGGUAUUCUGUUAAGCUUUCAGGGGGGUCUUUGUACGACGGCAGCCAGUCUGUUAUUUUGUUCAGACUUCAGUCCACAAGUUGUUUUUACUUCCGUCAACACACCAAACUUACCCACUGAAUCUUAUAUUGUGUAUUACGUUCUACAUGAAUUUCGUUAGUCAUCAUUCCGUUCUUAUUCAAUUCCAUGUUUAGAGCUGUGGCGUUACAGCAGCGGCUUUUUGUCCCGGCCAUGUAGAUUUUCACUUAGACAGCACAACAGCACUCUGGACUGCAAGGACCAAAGCUGGAAGCCAUACUCAAUGUACUAAUUUCACGUUGAGUAUUCGUUUGUUUAAGCAGACCAACAAGUAAAUGCUCUAAAGGGCAGCAUAAUAGAAUCUGCAGGCCUAUGGGAUGUCCCUGCCUGCCUUCAUAAGCGCACAAAUUCUCUCACAGCUUCAGCCGGAAGCAUCUCAUCCUGACUUCAUUGUCGUUGGCGAGUAAUGAGCCUAAAGAGCAUGUUGGUAAAACCUGACCUGUCACAUGCUAAUUGCGGGGAACGCCGCAAACAGAGCCGUAUGCAAGUUAAACUAGUUUUACCGGGAGGUCAGCGCAGACGGAGGCAUUGUGCUUUUGUCCUGUAUUUUCAUUGCAAACAUUGCCAGUGUGCCUGUGAAAACCAGGGUUGGUUUCCAGUGUACUGCUCCUUUAAAUGCGUGGCCAGGUUUCCGAAAGCACCCGAACAGUAGUGUAAUUUCAUAGCUCGAACCAUUCUCCGUCUUAUCUCCACAGCCCUGGGCUGUCUUCCUUAAGCCAUAUUUGUGCUGUUACAUGUAUCUAUGACUAAGGUCAGAUGCGAGAAAAUUGACUCCGUUCUCACCCCCACUUCCCUCUAAUUAUUAGGCUGCUCUGGCCUCUGGUAUGUAGCACUAAUUACUACCACACGACUGGUAACACGACUGACCUCUGAUGCCGUUUUGAGAAAAUGUUUACACUGCAAGAGAGACAUCCUGUCCUUGGCGGCGUCACAUGCUGAGCUAGGAUCAGAGACCCUGAGGGGUGCGACAGCUUUUUGACUGAGGACAGAUUUUCUCAGGGCUCCAAACAAACGGUAUCCUCAUUUAUUAAUGCGAUUAUUAUGUUAUGUUAUGUUGGCUGUUCUGAUGCUGGAGAAUGUUACAUUUCCUGUUUGUCUUUGUUUGGUGCCUCUCAUCAAAGAAGUUAUCCGCCUCACAUUUUCUGUUUUUUUUUUUUUUUUUUAAAUCUCUGCUGCUUCAUUAUUAUUGCAAGGGGUGGUGGUUUGGACCACAGGUACAGUGUGUCGUGUUCAGACAGGAAAUAGGUGAAUUAGUCUUGUGUACUGUGUGUUAUUGUUGUAUGCUUGAGAAGGGUUUUAGGGUUUUUUUUUUUUUUUUUCCAGCUUGGCACAUGUUUCUUUGUUUAAUGUCUAAACAGUUUCAGGGGUUAAUCUGACCUUUCUGGAACAUAAAGAUACUAGUGCUCCUCUCUUCUCUGUUCUGAUGUCUGGCUGCUGUCUUAAAAAUCGUAACUGUUUUUAUUUGGCAAAAUAAAGCUUGUUCAGAUGUUACUGAC